GGGUCUAGGCGGUGUGGGCAUGUACGCACUUCUGCCACAUAUAAAAGCAUCGACUAUCAUCAGAAAUUCGCCAGAACAGUGACGAUCAGUGACAAAAAAAAGAAGAAUUAAAAAACCCCAAGGGAAAUUCGUGCAUGAAGAUGCGGUCUACCCUGGUACUACUGGGGUGCCUACUGAUCGUCUCCACUCUCGGGGAGCCAAUCAGGGAAAAGAAGGAAGCACCUUUGAUACAAUAUGGAGCACCUAAUGUGGGAAUAAGUGACUCUUAUGGUGCACCACCAUCGGCACCGGGACUAACGUAUGGUGCACCGUCAGGAGGCGGCGACAUUGGAUCUUUUGGAGGUGAUCAUGGAGGUUCCUUUGACAGUGGUCAUGGGUCCGAUCUUUCCACUAAUAUUGCUGGUCCAAAUUCUUAUGGUGCACCAUCACCAUCUUCUUCGUUCGAUCUGCCAGCACCAGCUCCAUCUUAUGGAGCACCAGCACCAUCCUAUGGAGCACCAGCACCAUCCUAUGGAGUACCAGCACCAUCCUAUGGAGUACCAGCUCCAUCGUAUGGAGUACCAGCACCAUCCUAUGGAACACCGGCACCAUCCUACGGUACACCAGCACCAUCCUAUGGUCCACCAGCGCCUCAAGGCAAAUGGGAAAAGAAACUCACCUGGAAAUCGGAAUUAAAGCAAGUAUGGAAAUCCCAAUCGAAACUCACUUGGAAGCAGGAGUGGCAGAAAGUUGAGGUACCCGUCUGGAAAAACGAGCAAGUGUCAGUGUGGAAAGAAACGCAAGUACCACAGUGGAAGAAGGUUCAAAAACCAGUGUGGAAAGAAAUUCAGGUUCCAAUUUGGAAGGACGUGCAAGUGCCGGCUUGGAAGAAGGUUUGGAAGCCAGUUUGGAAACAAGUUCAAGUGCCAAUUUGGAAGGAUGUUCAAGUGCCAGACUGGAAGAAAAUUUGGGUGCCAGAGUGGAUAAAAAUUGGUAUUCCCGGCGAACGGAUCGUUGGCAAGGACAAUGAGGGUUGGCAGUACACGAGUCACGAUCUCUGGAAGAAGAAACUCAUUUGGAAGCCUGUGUGGAAGAAGACCUGGAGGAAUGAGAAGAAACAAGCCUGGGUGACUGACAAGAAACUCGAAUGGAAACCAGAGUGGAAGCAAAUUUGGAAGACGGAGAAGAAGCAAGCUUGGGUCACCGAUAAGAAAUUAAUCUGGAAGGAGGAGGAUGUUCAAGUUUGGGUGCCACACAAGAAACAAGUGUGGGAGAAUCAAAAGAAGAAGGUCUGGAAGACCGAGUGGAAGAGUAAAUGGGUUCCAGUCUGGAAGGAUGUUCAAGUGCCUGAUUGGAAGAAAGUUUGGAAACCAGUUUGGGAGAAGGUCUGGGUUCCAGCGCCAACUCAUCACGAAGACGAGGGUUACAAGUAUAAAUAAAUUAGUGAACAAGAGGAAAAUUAAUUUUCUUCUUUUCGUUGUGUAUUUAAAAAUGAGUUAGAAAAUUUUAUUCUGAAUUUGAAUCGGAAUAUAUUUUCUUUGUAUUUUGAUUUGUAUUUGGAAUAUUCUUUUUUUGUUUGCUUAUUUUUAUUUAUAGGUAUAGGUUGUAUAAAAAUUGUUGUCCUGGAGGCUUUUUUCCAGGACAAGUCUGUUGAAUUUGGUGUAUAAGAAAUAUCGAGAAUUAUUCAACUAAUCAUUCGAGUUUGAUGAUAGACUGUUGAAUGAUGCUCGAGUAAUGAUCGAC